CCCGACGGUUCAGUUUACGUUUGUCUGAGCGACGUCCACCAUACUACGUCCGUGUUUUUUACUAUUCCUAAAAAUAUUUCGAACUUAUCUUGAAUGAUAAUUUUUUACACUUUGUUCUAAUUUGCAGAGUUUAAACGCAUUCGAUUAUUACUUUGACCUCUUUAUUUAUACAUUAUUCUCAUACUUAACGUGUCCGAGUGUCUCCGUACUAUACUUAAUUGACACAUCCUGAAUUUGAGGUUCUCUCGUUGACAUUGUUUUUUUUUCCAUCGGUGAUAAUUUUCAAUGGUUUUCUAACAAUAUUUACGCGUGUGCGCGUGAAUUAGUGUUUUGAAAGACGUGUAACGUGGUGUUUACCGCGCAACAAACUCAUCAAUGGUCUAAUGGUAAAAAUGUGAUAAGUCUGACAUCGACAUCAUGAGGAAUAAACCAAUCAACACUGUUACUUUAUUGUUAUUCGCUUUGGUCAUUAUCGGCAAAGCACUAUGUGUAGACUUACAACCAGAAGAACAAGUGCGCAUUCGGAGGCGACAUUUGGAUUUGGCAACAAAAACAAGAGAUUCUAAUGAAAUCGAUGAGCUACAUCGUAACGGUCAAAUGUCACUGACCAAUACAGAACGGUUGAAAUAUACGGCAUCAUCUUGUAUUGGAAACUGUGCAACAGCUAUUGAUAAUGAUGUAUUACAAAAUGUCAAUGAUGACUCUAUGGACAGGACUAUUGUUUUAGGACCAUCACUUGAUGAACACACAUCUCAGUCACAAUACUUUUAUGAAUACGUUGGCCCUACUCGGAGUUCGGGGGAAGCAAAGAGGGCUUCGUCGCGUGGCAGAUCACUCGUACCAACGACGGAGCCCACCAAUACUGCACAGCACCCACAGCAGAUGGGUGUAGUGGGUACAGAGAAGUCCCGUAAAGCCGAAAGCAGUGAAAUGGAGGAUACUUUGGACGAAUUUGUUAAACACUGGACUGGGCAAAAUGAACCUAUGCGGAAACCACUCAAAUCUAGGAUCAAUAACCGCGGGCCACCUCGCAUAUCUGACGCGCCUAUUGUUAUGGAUUUACCAGCUUUCUUACCAAUGCCACAGCAAAGUAUAAGCAAUAACUUUAACAAUAAACAAAAAGACCCACCACCAUAUCCAUUUGAUAUACCUCAGCAACAACAGCAGCCAUCCAGACCGUUGCCACCUCAGCCACCUAGUUUAGUGAAACCAUUUUUAACUGGUGUGCCUCUUCCAAAUCAACUUGUGCCAACUGAAAAUAUUUCUUUGUUAGAUAAUCAGAUGGGAUUACAGCCUCCACCACCACCUCUUCCAUCAAGACGACCACAAACACCAUCUUCAUUCCAGACGCCACCUAAACCUCAACAGGAUUAUAAUUUAGUCACACAGCAAAAUAUCCAAAUGACAACUUCUUCAUCAGAACCAGAAAAGAUAACUAUAUUUGAUAAAGUUACAUUACCUACUGUUGAUAAGGAUAAACCCAAACCAACUACAACAGACAAUCCACAAUUAGACAUUAACGCUACCAAAGUGAUAGGUCUUCAAGUAUCGAAGAUUGUCAAUCACUUACAAAAUCAACAACCAUCGUCUAUCGGAAUUUCUGAUUCUGUAGAAAAAUUUACUACAGCUAUUAUUCCGAUUACUGAGACAACUUCCACAAAACCCUUAGUAUCUUCUACUAAUCCAACGAUUUCAUCAACCGAACCUGUUAAUGGAUUAGAUUCUAUUACUGGCGUGGGCUCAGCUGUAGUUGUAUUAGAACCUUCGACUUCAGAAGUGCCUCAUCGAGAAGAUUUACAUAAGCCUACAGAUAAUAAACUGCCUGCUAAGCCCACAGCACCUGUCAAAAAGACUUCACAGUCUCAGCAAUCUGAAGGAUUCCCAUACUAUUCACGUCCUGGUAUCGUGUUGGAUGAUCCUGAGUUCAAACCUCAUCUUGGAGGUCAACGCCGACCUAUUCAAGUACAAGUGCCUACCAAAGGAGAUGUAUUUGAUAUUAUGGUAUCAGCUAUCCAAGGACCUGGUGACAAGACUGGACCUAUUUUAACUGAUGAAAUAUCUCCGUCGGGAGUGGGCAAAGGAGAAGUAUCUGUAAUUACUUCAGCUGAACCAAAUCAACAGUUUGUUUCUAUCGAUGGUAAACGGACGUACAUAAACUUGUUUGGACAACCGGAACCCACUGCUGCUGUUGGCAUUCCACCACCAAUAAAACCAACUAGUACUGCCGCCGGAUCAUUUUCGGUCAGUCAAGUGUUACAACAACCUAAUAGCCAGGUAGGGAAUUCUGCACCAUCAUCUGGUAAUGCUAAGACUCCAGUGCCUGCUUGGAAACGACCUACUCAUCCACCAGUCAGGAUCGAUACAUGUAUUGUUGGCGAUGACUCUACAUGUGACGCCGCUCAACAUGAACGAUGUCGUACCGAAUUUGGUGUAUCUUCUUGCCUCUGUAGGCCUGGCUAUAGUAGACGUAAACACCGUGACCCAUGUCACCGUAUCGUAUCGAUAGUGUUUUCGUUGCGCGUCGACCGAAUGUACGAUACAAGAAUUUCGUGGAUAGAUAAGUACAAGGAUCAAGAAAGUCAAGAGUAUCAACAAUUAGAACACGAAGCAGCUAGAGCGAUCGAUUCAGCAUUUUCGAUGACUCCUUUUUCGGACACGUUUGUAGGCGUUAAAAUUAACAAUAUCUAUAUGUCAAAAACUACACCAGGUACGCCAGUGAUGGUUAACGCUACAGUGCAGCUAACUGAAAACGCGGAACAUUUGCGAUCAUCUGUUAAACAAGAUGUACAAAAACAGCUUACCGGCGCUUUACAAAGACGCAACAACAAUGUGGGUACUAGUGGUCUCUGGGUGGACUCGCCGGCUGGCGCAAUAGCUCAAUUACAUGAUCUCGACGAGUGCACUAGCACAGAAUUAAAUGACUGUCAUCCCCUCGGAAAGUGUACAAAUGUGUUUGGCACAUUUCAGUGCACAUGUCCUGAAGGUUAUAGGGAUCCAUGGGUCGGAAAUGCUCAGCGUAGUGGACGAACGUGUGAGACUUGUGACCCAGCUCAAUGUAAUUUACGUGGUGAAUGUUUCUUCCAAGCCGGACAACCUGUUUGCAAGUGUUCCGGUUCUUUUUACGGUGCUCAAUGUGAAAUUGACGGUGAAGUUUUGAGCGUGGCCGUCGGUUCUUCGGUGGCUGCUAUAUCCAUAAUUGUACUUACUUUAGUGUGUUUGUGCGCAUGGAGUCGGCGAUGGAACAAAGAGCAAAAAGUUGGUUCACCCGUUUUCGGUUAUAUGCCUACUGGAGGAAGUACAGUAAAAACACCAGUUAUUGGUGGUCCUCCGUAUCAAGUAUCCAUUGAAGAUCGCAUGAGGUGGGCUCAGAUUGCAGAUGCAAUGGCACACGCUAACCAUUAUGCUCCCGAACCUGGUAAUGGCACAAUGCGAUCGAACAUGUUUGGAUAUGCUGGUGCUCCAAUGCCCCUUCCUAGGCUCCGUCCACCAGGAAAUAGUACCUUAUCUCAUCCAUUCCGUACGCCAGAAUCGAGCACCAGUGAAGAAGAAGAUCGUACCGACCUCUUAGGUCGCAACUACCAGACAUCUAGACCCAAAAGCCGAUCGUCAUUGGCUAACCAGAGCGGUAUUUAUUAUGACGUGGAUUAUGAACAACAACAACAACAGCAAACGGAUUUGUUCUCUGGAGGUUGCAUACCACUAAAUACAUACACAAUUGGCAGUAGGUCCAACUAUUAUAGGGCGUGAUGAAACUAUAGCAGACUGAUCAAGGGGAAGAUUAAUUCACUUUACUAACGUUAUGCGUAUAUUAAUAUUGUUAUUCAAAUAAGAGGUGUACUCACCAGACACCUUCAAUAAUGUGAUUUUUACAAAUACCAUUAAAAGGUGCUCCUAGUAUGGUGUACGAGAUAAAUCGUUUGCCUAUAGAAGUAUAAAAUUUUAGUUGUAAUUAUGUACAUAGAAAAAAUACUAUGUAGUUCAUAUAUUCUUGUGGAAUAUAACGAGUUUUUAAGCGUGACUUUACCGACUGAUAAAAAAACUUGGUGUCGUUACGCUACUAAGAAGACUUAAAUAUGACUAGAGCCCAUUGUUUAUUAUUUUUGUUAUAUAAUAUAAACAAUUUUUAGUAAUAUUAUAUCCAAUAAAUGUUUAUAUCAUUUUAUACAUAUAAAUAAAUUUAAUGUGCGCCAGAGAGAUUAACAAAAUGUGUUUUUACAAUAUUAGAGAAUGUUGUUAUAAUUGGUUUUUUAACAGUUUAAACAUGCGUAUACCCAGACCUUGAUUGCGUUUUAAGGUGCCAUAUAUCAAAUAAAAAAUACUUUUAUAUCAUAAUCACUAAAUAUUUAAUUUUUUGGAAACGUUAAAUAAGCCAAAGAUUAUAUUUUUGGAUUUCUCUGGCUUCAUUUUAUUAUAUUUUAUUAAUCAGCAUAUUCUGUUUAAGAUCUAAGUUUAAUGUUAAGUUUAUAGGUAUUGUACAUUGUGUUAUUUAAACUAUAUGAAAUAAAUUUAUUAUUUAUAAGA